UGUUGCCAUCGGAGAAAAAAGGAACUUCCUUUUCCUCUAGCUAAUAUCAAUGAAGAUCUUGAAAUAUUUAUUUUUGUUGACAUGAGAGACAUUUGGAAAGGGAAAUAUAAAAACCUAAUGAUAAGUUUCAGACAUCUGAAAAGCUUAUUUAAUGUUCCAUUUUUGUAAAAUAAGAUUAUCAGAUUUAAUUAAUCAUGUGAUAUCAGUUUAGGCUUGUAUAUUUUUUUAUUAUUCAAUCCAAUCUAUGGGAAACAUAUUACACUACUGUUCAAAUAUAGUAUCGUCUGUGUGUCACAACAAAUGAAUUACUAGCAGUGGAUGCGGGACUUGAAGUCAUUUUGAGGGAAAAUGAUUAUGGAAAUCUCUGGAUUCUGACUGAUAGCCGAAGUUCAAUGGAACAUCUUAACUAUUGGAUCUAUAUUGCUUAUAAUAUUAUCCAUGCACAAGUCUUGCCUUAACUUUGUAGAGAGCUGGUUCGGACGUGAUCGCAAAACACUUCACAAUGGCGCCAAAGGAGAAAAAAAUAUCUAUCAUGAAAAACAAGUUAAAGAGAUGUGUGCUUUACAUGCUCUAAAUAAUCUCUUUCAAGACAAGGAAGCUUUUAACAAGCAAACAUUGGAUAAUAUUUGCCACAGUCUUUCUCCAGAUAACCUAGUAAAUCCCCAUAAAAGUGUUUUAGGCCUGGGCAACUACGAUGUCAAUGUAUUGAUGGCUGCUGUUCAACUUAAAGGCUAUGAAGCUAUCUGGUUUGACAAGCGGAGAGAUCCAAGCAAUAUUGAUUUCACAAAAAUUUAUGGCUUGAUUUUAAAUGUCCCCAGUGAAAUGAAAUUCCUUCCACUCCGCUUAAAUAGGAAGCACUGGAUCGCUGUGAAAGAAAUUGAAGGCACUUUUUAUAACCUCGACUCAAAAUUGGAUCGUCCUUCUGUCAUAGGAAAGGAAUCUGAUCUUAUGUCUUACCUCCGAGAGCAGAUAAGAGGGAAGGACCGAGAAAUAUUUUUAAUUGUACCCCAAGAAUUGGACAGAAAAAACUUGUGGAAAAAGGACCCUCGUUGGUGCUCUGAAACAUACAGUAUUCCUCGCUCGGCAAACCCAGACACGAACAGUACUGUGGCUGUGAUUCACUUAAAUUCAGAGAAUCGAUAAAGGAUUAUUUUAUACCGAGUAAGCCGAGUGUCUUACAAUGGAAGAGUUGCAACUAUUUUUAUGUACUUCAGAUGUAAUGAAAGAUAUAUUAUAUUUAAUUUUUAUUUUUUUAGGUCUUUGAAUUGUAUAUUUUUUAUUUUAAUCAUGUUUAUAGUUUUUCCUUUAUUGAUAGAAAUUACUGUUUCAUUGUUUAAUAAAAUUAUUAACAUUUUUCACAAUUUUUCUUGACUUUUUCACUUAGUAAAUUUAAUUUACAGCAAUAACCAUGAAACCUUUUUGUUUUCUCUGUUAUAGUUAUUUUAUUAUCUGGGUCAGAUUUCAAAGUAACAUAUUAAAAAUUUUAAUGGAUUAUACAGUACAAGGCAACAAAAAAAAUUGAGACCUGACUUUUCGAUGAUUCUUGUUAUUUCCUUUUGUAUGUAAAAUAUAUGAGGACACUAAACUAUUGGUCAUGAUUACUCAAUACUCGUUACAUAUUAAAAAUUGAAAAAAUGUAUUUAGAUGUUUAAAGUAUUGUAGUUUGGUCUUAAAAAAUUAAAUGGAUUAUACAGUACAAAGCAAGAAGAAAAAAAAAUUUGAGACCUGCAUUUUCGAUGAUUCUUGUAAUUUCAUUUUCUAUAUAAAAUAUAUGAGGAAACUAAACUAUUGAUCAUUAUUACUCAAUACAAAUCAUUUCAUUUUAAAAAUUUGAUUUCAGUGAAGAUCCAGGAAAGAAAUAAACAUGGGUACUCACGACGUCAGAAAACUGAUGACUGGAAAGUACAGAGCUGCAGUUUUUUAUAUGAAAAAGCUUUCUAAAAAAAACAAAAGGAGCUUAAAGAAGACCAGGAUCUGGAGUUUUCAGCAAAUGAUAAGCAUAGAAUAUCAUGCUUAGCAUGAAAAAAUAAUAGAGUUCUGAACAAUUAGUAAAAUUGCCUUCCUACUUAGGAAACUAUUUACCCCGACGGCUUUCUGUUACAAUAAAAGAAUGUCCUCGCACUUCAAGACAAACUAUAAUAUGGCUUCCGUCCCAUAGCGAGUUUGGCUCUCUGAUACAAUAAAGCUAUGUCCUGACACUUCAGGACAAACUAUAAUAUAGCUUCCUCCUCUGAUUUCAGUCCCAUAGCGAGUUUGGCUCUCUGAUACAAUAAAACUAUGUCCUGACAACUAUUUAUAUUAUAAUAAAACAAUGUCCUGACACUUCAAGACAAAUUAUGAUUUGGUACAAGUGGCCUGCUUCAUCCUCUGAUUCCAGUACCGCAGCAAGUAGAAUAAAGUUAAAAAAAGCAGGAAAGACUAAAGAAAAUUAAAGGAAGUUUUGGUAAAAAUAUGGGACAAAACAACUUUCGAUACUCUGAAGUCUCUUGUUAAAUCUGUGCCAAGAUGGCUUCAAAUGGUUAUUAAUGCUGAUUUAUCUGCAUAAUGUUGUGUAAAAAGAAGACAUCUUAAAAUGCAUUUUAAUUUUUUAUUUCUAUUUUUAUUUACUUAAAUAAAGUAUUUUUGAAAAGUC